AUAUAAACAUACACAAAUAAAUUAUUUUCAUGCGACAUGAGUGCUACGUAUGAAGAUGCUAAUCGGAGAGUAUUUGUAUUAGAUGGAGGAUUUUCAUCACAAAUAUCUCGACAUGUCGGUACUACGUCUGAUGGGGAUCCCCUGUGGACAUCGCGUUUCCUUCAAACAAAUCCCGAGGAUGUUAUGAAAACGCAUUUGGAUUUCAUUCGAGCCGGUUCCGAUAUUAUUUCUACGAAUACUUAUCAAGCGUCUAUUGGUGCGUUUGUUAAACAUCUCAAAAUAUCACCUGAAGAAGGCUGUUCGUUAAUUAAACGCGCAGUGGCUCUGGCCAAAGAAGCCAGAACAAAAUAUCUUGAGGAAUGCCAAGGUAUAUUACCUGCACGAAAUAUAUUAAUAGCUGGAUCUGUUGGCCCAUUUGGAGCAGCUCUGAAUGACGGAUCUGAGUACAGUGGGACUUAUAUUGACAAAACAUCAGAGGAGACCAUUAGAAACUGGCACAAACCUCGCAUUGAUGCUUUGAUAGAAUCAGGAGUAGAUAUAUUAGCAUUUGAGACUAUACCUGGUGAGAAAGAGGCUUUAGUUCUUGUCAACAUGUUAAAGGAGUAUCCAUCAACCAAAGCAUGGAUAUCUUUUAGUUGCAAAGAUGGUGCAAGCCUCGCUCAUGGUGAGAAAUUCCAAGAAGUAGCUGAAAAGUGUUGGAAUACCAGCCCAGAGCAACUUUUGGCUAUCGGAAUGAAUUGUUGUUCCCCUAAAAUUGUUGGCAACCUGAUUAAGAACAUGAGGGAUAUACCUAUAGUCACUUAUCCUAAUUCUGGUGAAAAAUAUGAUCCUACUGUGGGUUGGAAGGAUGAUCACUGCGAACCCCUCUAUACUUUUGUGCCAGAAUGGUUGAAUCUCAAUGUAAAGUACAUUGGAGGCUGCUGCAGAACAUACUGCGAAGAUAUAUCAAGUAUUAGAAAAGAAAAAGCAUUUGGAAUAUCUGCUCAUAAAAAGCAAUAUGAUGAUCGAAUUAAAUCGUUGAUUAAAGAAAAUAAUGACUUGCGGGAAGAGAAUCUUAACUUGAACUUUGAGAUUACUAAAUUAAAAAAAGACAAUGGAAAGCUAAAAGACGAUAACUUCUCCGACUAUCUCUCGCUCAUGCGGGAACGUGACGCGCGCUACACACUCUACUUUGAAAAUGUAGCCCUACACCUAAAACUGAAGGAAUUAGAUGGAGGAAAAGUUUAUACUGUAGAAGAUGGUCAAGGCGAUCCAGUCGUCCUGAGAAUUGCUCUUGAUAAGUGUCGAGAACAAUUAUCAUCAAAUCAAAGCGAACUAACUAGAAUGAAGGAAGAGUACUCAGAAACAGUACCUCGGCGCGAGUACGACUGGUUGGAUACCAAAUACUGCGACCUGGAGAAACAGUUGCAUGCGAUACAUGCUGAGUAUGAUGCUUUGCAGAAUAAUCAUAAACGCAUUUUAGCUCAAAAGAAAAGUACGGAGGAAGAAUUAAUAGAAUGUAAAGAACGUUGCAGGGAACUAGAAAGGGCUGGUACUCCAAGACCUCACUGGGAUAUCUGCGCUGACUUUAUUGGAGGUGGUCGAGAGAGGUGGUGGCAGUUAGCAAGUGGAUUGUCAUCUCGCGACAAACUUCGCGCGUUGCUUAAGGAGCUGGGUCCAGCUGCUGAGAGCGAACAUCUGGAGUACUUUGAUGGCCUUGGUUUAGAUCCUGUGAUACCACCGUACCUUCGGUAUGAAGGCAAAGUGCGCAACCUGCGGCUCUCGCGGCGCGAAGUGAGCGUCGUUAUCAACGACAUUUGGUUCAGCAAGAUGAAACACGGACAGGAGAUGUCCAUGCAGGAUUAUGUUACUAAGUAUUUUGAGCAUCGCUAUCAGCAACCAUCAGUCCGCGCGGAAUGGGCGUACAACGUGUGCGCGGGCGCAGAGCAGAUGCUGGACGAGCCGCAAGUGCGCCUGUUCUGGGGCGUGCUGCACGGCCACUUGAGCGAGGACGUGUACUGGGGACUGCGGGCGCACUGGCUGCUGCUGAGAGACCAGUUGUAUAGGCAGAGUAGGGAUGGAGAGACAAUAACCAUAGAAGAGUUUGAAAAAAUAGCACGGAAUACGUUUCCAUUAAAAAGCGAGGUUGACUUAAAAAACCUUAUGGAUGUUGUUAAGAAACAGCUUAAAAUAAAACUGAAUUGUAAUGAAAUCAACCUAGACAAACUAUUUCAUGAAAACGAGGAAGGUUUCGACCGAGUGGAUUUAGCUCGCGAAUUAUUUCGGCAACGACAAAUCGCACAGGAUAAGUACAUUCGUGAAGUGGUGGCUGAGUUGGGCGGUCGCCAUGGCAACCGAGUUGUUAGCGUCGAUAAUUUGAAACGGGCAUUUGCUGUUAUCGACCCUGCUAUCAACCACAUUCGCAUGGAGAGAUAUAUUCGUUGGGCAUUCUCAGACCAUUCUUCUGAAUUGAGUGCCAUCUGUCCAUUACCUCUUCGUACUAUAGUAUCUCGGCUAGCGACAGGCGAUAUAGAAAGAGUCGGACCUCGCUACAAGGCUAAAAGACGACAUUAUAAGUAGAUAACUAAAUUUAAAUAUAUUUUAUGACCAGUA